AUGAAGGCCUUCACUGCUUCGUCCAUGGCCGUCGGGUUCGCGUGCUCUUGCGCCGGCCCGCUGAAGGACACCUACGGAGCGUACAGGGUGCGCAGUCGGGCAGUGGAGUCUGGGCUCGCGGCGGAGCUGCACGUCCGGACGUCUCCGGACGUCUCGGGCGCCGCGGACAUCGAGAACGAGACGAGCCAUUUUCUGGAAGAAGAGGCUCAGCCGACAAGCCAGCCACAGGGCCCGAGUGAGGGCGUGGCCCGAGGAGAUCAGCCGGCGCCGCCUUCCACCGGCGACGCGCGCGGCGAAGGGAGGAGCAGGAGGGGAGUCAUGCUCUACAGUGGCAGCGUGUUGAGCUUCAUCCAGGAAGGCCGCGCGAGGCACUCGGUUGCUGCCCACCGUGUUCUCGUGAUCUGUGCACUCAUGUACUGGGUCGGCAUGGCGUUGCUUCCCGUGCUUUUCGGCAGCUCCAUCACGGGCGGCAUUGAUGCAUCCGUCCCGCAAGCAGCGGUCCUCUAUUUCUUCCUGCUUAACGUCUGCAGCAUCCUGGGCGAGCUCUGGAUCGUCAUCCACACCGAGGUGGGCCAUUACAUGAUAUUCUUUACACUGCGGCGAGAGCGUGUGCAAGGCGGUCACGGGCAACGGCAUGGAAGAGGCGAUGGCUGUCGUGUCAAUAUUAUUCAGCGCACUGGGUCGCUACGACACGUUUACCGACGUGGUGUUCACAGUGAUGCUUUGGAAAACACCUCCAAUUACACAGCUCGUGUUCACGCACACGCUGCACGGUGCCAUCCUACGCUUGCCUGUUCCUCUGCACUACGUCGCCCUCUUUUCCCUCGUCUGUGGUGUUUUUGGCUUGCAGGGGGUUCCUGGGGUGAUCCUGGUAUGCGCCAAGAAGAUGCUCCCUGCCGCUUUCAAGUUGAAUGA